UCGGUUGCCGUUAGGGUUUCCGAGAAUUCGCCCGGCGGACCCGGCGGCUCCUCCUCUCCUCCUCCCCCUACCCAAUCUGCAACCUCACCUUCGCCGUCUCCACUCUUCUACUUGUGCAGCUCGAUUCCGUCGCGGCUCACCUCGUCUCCAACUCCGACAGGCGCCAGCGCGUUCCUCUGCUCGUUCCGCCGCCGGGGCACCUCAGUGGUGGAUCCACCCCUGUUGUGAUCUCCAUUCGUGCAUUUUCUGUGCAGGGUGCGCGUCACAUGAUGCAAUCUUUGCUCCGGAGUGUCUGCAGAGCCGGAAGCCGUGGAGCCUCCGCGAAGAAGCUCUUGGAAUGUGCUGCGACUCCUCCUGCACCCACACAGUCGGGGCCUAAUCUGUCGUCCGUCAGUCACCUGAGGCCUUACCGGUGGAUUCGUCCUUUUGGGAGUCAAAUCCUUACCGGCGAUGGUGUUCCUGCCGCCUCUGGUUUCUGCGUGAAAACUCUCGUGAUGAGGCGAUUUUCGACGGUGGGAAAUGCCGAGGUUGCUCUCGAGGAUGAUGAUUCCAGCUCUCCUGCCGUCGAGCAUCCCCCACGCAUUAAGUUCAAGAGGCCCGACAAGACUGCCAGGCACAUUAUGAAUAUCUUGAACAAAGAGGCAGUUGAAAAGGUCCGCUCGGAGAGAGAGAUUCCCGACGUACAGCCUGGAUGCAUCAUUCAAAUGAGACUGCAAGUUCCUGAGAACAAACGGCGUGAGUCUGCUUUGAAAGGGAUUGUGAUAGGAAGGCGCAAUGCUGGGAUCAAUACAACUUUCAGACUGCGUAGAUUAGUAGCUGGUGUGGGAGUCGAGUCUGUGUUUCCACUUUACUCACCCAACAUCAAAGAAAUCAAGAUCUUGGACAGGAAGAAAGUCAGGAGAGCUAAGCUGUAUUACCUGAGGGACAGGAUGAAUGCACUUAGAAAAUAAGUCAAAUUUCGACUUUGUUUUUAGCAUCAUGUCUCGUCUUGCGGAUCUGCAUGGUUUCAGAUGAUGAUUGUAGUACUUGCAGUCUGAGAAUCACACUGUUUAUUUCAAGCUUCUGAAAGCCACCGCUUGUAGUUCUCAUGCUUGGUUUCAAGCAGCAAGCCCUAGUAGAAAUACUGUUUUGUGAUUCCGAAUUAACAAUGUGGAUCUGUCCUGUUUGAAUUUUAGCCACUAGUGGACUAUACUGUAACCUCAGUGCGAAAAUAAUUUUGCCCAGAUCUCUAGCUUCACUUUA